AAAAGAGAGAGUGCUUUUAUAAUACUCCAUCUCUUUUGUUCUUAGGUAACCCUCAUCAGCCACAUGAGUUUCAUCCGUAAGCAGCUACGUAUAUAUCACCAAUAACUGAACACUUUAAAAUAUCAAGAGAGAGAUUAACAAGGAAAUAGAAUCUUAUGAAAAUCUACAUUAUUGUCUUACUAAGUUUUCAUAUCUACACAAGCAUCCAAUGAAAUUUCUACUAAAAGAAAAACAAAGAAACUAGACUCCUACUCCUAACAUUUUCUAUGACGAGAUAAUCUUAGCAAAAUCUACUUUGAUUGUCUCACAACCCUUCGUAUCUUUAAAGAAGAUAAGCACCCAAUAAUUUGGCUUAUUCUCCUAUUUAACAUUUUGUAAUUCGAAGGCGUGGUGGACGUAAUAUUUAACAGCAGCUGAUAUAUAGUGUGUACACACCUUGGCGGAUGAAAGGUCACAUUUAUAGGUAUACAUAAUAGACGAUAAAUUCUUAAGACAUGGACCGACCUUAAGAAGUGGGUCGACCUGGAUCCAUGCUAAGGGCAAGGCUCUUUCUUAUGCCACAGAAAUAUUACGACACUCAAGCUUACUCAUUUUUCUUUAAAAAAAUCUCAUAAAUAAACAUUAUAUGGUGAAGUGGGUGCGAUACUUAAUUUUGAGAUUCUAUGGGGACUCAAAUAUUUACCCGGGUCCCUUUAGUCACCCUAACAAUCCCCACGCGUCCGAAUACCGUAUCCCUAUUACCCACAACAAUAUUUGAUCGGCCUUCCCCACAUCUCAUACAAGCGCGUUCACUUCACACACUAACCAACCAUUUGGACAAGUGCCUUCCCCGUCCAAUCACGUAGGUCAAAUCUCUCUUUCAACAGAAGCAUUGAAACUCACGUCCGUGCAAGGCGCGUGAUAAUUCUUGAAGCGGUAAUAAUUCGAACAGUAGACACGCGUCCAGUUACUGGAACCUCCCACCAAAAGUAUUCCCCACUUUGUUUCUAUCAAGGUACAAACGUGUCAACUUUUUUGUCUCAGUGCCAUUGACGUGUCGAUCAUCUGAGUGGCUAUUCCAUGCACACCAAUCAGGACACCCAAUUGCCCACGCACACCAAUCAGGACACCCAAUUUGCCUGGAUACGCUGCUUUAUCAUUGGACCCACCCAAUCACUCCCCACCAAUUAAAUCUAUUCACUAUACUACGUUUGCCCUAGACACGUGGACUUCCUUCACCCCUAUCACUGUUCUGUAACUAUGAUAAUCUGCUCGGUUACCGGUCAUAUAUUAUUAUUUCAGUCUAAAAACAGCUCUUUUUGGGAGAGUUUAUCAGCCGUGAUGGACGGUGGAGAUUGUUGGCCCGGUGCUAGGUACGCAGGUGGACCGCAAGAUACGACGAUAAUGAACCGGAUAAUGCUAAGAUUCCGACCGAUCGCACCUAAACCGGUUGCUAACGGUUCAUAUCCGGGAUCUACAUCGGAAGGAAACAAGAUGGAACUUGUUAGCAAAAGAAGAGUGAAGAGAAAGUACGUUAGAGUUAAGAAAAAUAGCAAGUGCAAGAAUAACAAAGACGACGAAGCUAAAAAAGACGGAUCCUUGCAGUUUGGUGAUAACAGUACUGUUUUAACCCUUCAGUUGAUGCCAGAAAGCAGUAGCGGCGUUAAGAAAAACCCACAAACUAUUGGAUCUCGACCUUUCUGGAUGAACUUUCAGAAAUCGGAGAAUAAUGAUAUUUUGACCGUAGGAUCGGUGGAUCAGGUAGAUCGGACGGUUGAGAUGCAGAAAAAGAGAGUUUUAGAGUCAUGGGUUAUGGUGGACCGAAUAACAAACACGUUCGUAGAUGGAGAAGCGUUAGGUAGUACGGACAUGGAGAAGAUGAAGAAUCUAGAAGAUGACACGUGUCCAGGCCUUAUAUCUGACGGCUUAGAUAGGGUUCAGUGGGUGAAUCUGGCGUAUAGGAGAAUGGUUGAUCCUCUAGAAGGUUCUGGAACGAUACCGGAGCUGGUGACGUGGCUGGUAGUGAAGGAGAAAAUAGAUUUGUCUUCUUCUUUGCCAGCUUUUGCAUGCACUGUGAGGAUACUGUAUAUGAAGAACUCAGAGACAAUGCCGUGUGAUGUAUGGAAGAUGGAAUUUGGAGGAUUUGCAUGGAGGUUUGAUGCUAAAGCUGCUCUUAGAUUGGGUCGUUAAUGAAGAAACAAAAAACCUGCAGCAAUAAAGGAUAAUCAAAAGCUAGCUAGCAGAUAACAGGUGAAUGAGCCCGAGGCAUCAAAGGAGAUGGAAGAGAGAUAUAAACAGGUGAAUCAAUUCGAUUACUUGAGUUUGGAAGAAGAUGGGAGAUGUCCAAGUUAUAACUAUCUACUAUAUGGUUUUAAUUUGUUGUUACAUAAAAUAAGCUUCUCGAUCGAGAAGAAUGAAAGCGAUUUUGUGGAAACAUAUAAAGGAUCACUCUUUAAUUCAAUUACAUCAUAUCAAGUUAUUUUGUGAUUUUGAACUUACAUAUUUUCAAAAAAAAGCAUUUCAUGCUUUGCUAUCUCUUCAAUCUAAUAAUACAAAAGCAUAUACAUCUUCA